AUGGAGGUGGCCCUGGUAGACUUUGAGAGCCUGGAUGACCUUGAUGUCAGCCUUGGGGAUGAGGUGGACACCUAUGCUGAUGAGACCACAGCUCUCACGGUGGACCUGCCCCCAGAGCACAACAGCCCAGGCAGCAACUACCAUCUGCGAGCCCCUCAGCUUUCCUCUUCGCCUUCCCACCAUAGUCCUGUGCCCUCUUGCAUUUGGGAAUCAACUUCAUCUUCACCCAUUCCACAGACACAGACUCUGGGAGUACCCCAGUCCCCAAUGAUGCCAACUCCAACCAGGCGGGGGCGCAGUAGCUGCGCCAGCAUGAUCUCCAACUGGAAAUUGCUACUGAGCAGUGAGGGCACUAAGGAGAGUGAGACAAUCUUCAGUCGGCUCGCUAAGGAGUGCUGCGAGGAUCUGUUUGUAGAUAAACGAGGGCUGGAUGAUGGAGACCAGAAAGUCAUCAUCAACAUUGCUGGUCUUCGAUUUGAGACGCAGCUCAAAACCUUGGACCAGUUUCCUGACACACUGCUAGGAGACCCUUUGAAGAGGAUGGACUACUUUGAUCCAAUGAGGAAUGAAUACUUCUUUGAUCGGAACCGACCCAGUUUUGACGGGAUAUUGUAUUACUACCAGUCAGGGGGUAAGGUCAGACGACCAGCUAAUGUUCCCCUUGAUGUGUUUGCAGAUGAAAUUUUGUUCUAUGAGCUUGGAAACGAGGCCAUGGAGCAGUUCAGAGAAGAUGAAGGAUUCAUAAAAGACGUUGAGAUCCCUCUACCUGCUAAUGAUGUGUAUAGACAAUUCUGGCUGCUGUUUGAGUACCCGGAGAGCUCCAAUGCAGCGAGGGGUGUAGCACUAGUGUCUGUUUUUGUUAUUGUCAUAUCCAUCAUUAUUUUCUGCAUGGAAACUCUUCCAGAAUUCAGAGAUGACUCUGACCCAGUUGUGCCCACACCUGUACAAUCUUUCAACCAAUCCAGUGGUUACUCCUCUGUGGCUCCACCCAGUGCGAAGCCCACAACUUUCUCCGAUCCCUUCUUCAUCAUUGAGACUGCCUGCAUCGCUUGGUUCUUCUUUGAGCUGUGUGUGCGAUUUUUGGUCUGUCCUAGCAAAAAGGAAUUUUUCCACAACCUCAUGAACAUCAUUGACAUUAUAUCCAUCAUCCCCUAUUUUGUUACUGUGGUUACAGAAUUGGUCACAACGCCAGAAGAGAGCUCAGGACAGAACAUGUCUUUGGCCAUUCUUCGUAUCAUCCGCCUUGUCAGGGUGUUUCGUAUAUUCAAACUCUCCCGUCACUCCAAGGGGCUGCAGAUCCUGGGUCAGACUUUGAAGGCCAGUAUGCGUGAGCUUGGCUUGCUCAUCUUCUUCCUCUUCAUUGGAGUCAUCCUCUUCUCCAGUGCUAUCUACUUUGCUGAGGUAGAUGAGCCUAACACACAGUUUGUCAGCAUACCCGAUGGCUUCUGGUGGGCUGUGGUUACCAUGACCACUGUAGGCUACGGGGACAUGUGUCCCAUUACCAUGGGGGGUAAGAUGGUGGGCACCUUGUGUGCCAUCGCGGGUGUGCUGACCAUUGCUUUGCCUGUUCCUGUUAUUGUUUCCAACUUCAACUACUUCUACCACAGAGAGACAGAAGCAGAGGACAAGUUGCCUUUGGCAGAUGCGCUUGAGGAAGCCAUGAAGGCUGAGACAAGUACCAAACAGGGUAGCAGCACCUCACUCAAUAUAGCCAAUGGCAUCUGGCAGAGUGACAAAGGGAUAUAACUGUCGAAGGAGGAGGGGAGGAGGGGAGGAGGAGAGACUUUGCCACAAAGCAGGGGAGAAAUAUUAAAGAAGAGAAUAAAGAGGAAAUUAACUGUUAUGAUUUCCUUUAAAAAAACAAAAAGGUUA